AUGGGUAAAAGGAAAAAUUCAUUUAAUGAUGAGCAAAAAGUUAAAAAUAAUAAAAAAGAUCAACAAGAAGAACACGAAUAUGCAGAGAUGCCAGCAGGAUGGAAAGAACCAUCAUUCACUAAAGAAGACAAUCCUCGUGGGUUAGUUGCUGAUAGCUCAUUUGCAACUUUAUUUCCGAAAUAUCGUGAAAAAUAUCUUCAAGAAUGUUGGCCAUUAGUCAAAGCCGAAUUAACAAAAUUUGGUAUUAAAGCUGAACUUGAUCUAGUCGAAGGUAGUAUGACUGUUAGAACAACACGUGAUGCAUAUGAUCCUUAUAUGAUUAUUCGAGCAAGAGAUUUAAUUAAGUUGCUUGCAAGGAGCGUUCCUUACGAACAAGCAAUAAGAAUUAUUCAAGAUGAUAAUGCGUGUGAUAUUAUUAAGAUUAGUUCAUUUGUUCGUAAUCGAGAACGUUUUGUUAAAAGAAGACAACGAUUAAUUGGUUCAAAUGGAUCAACACUUAAGGCUAUUGAACUUUUAACUAAUUGUUAUAUUCUUGUUCACGGCAAUACAGUUACUGCUAUUGGACCUCAUCAAGGUAUUCGACAGGCAAGAAAAAUAGUCGAAGAAACAAUGCAAAAUAUUCAUCCGAUAUACAAUAUUAAGACAUUAAUGAUAAAACAGGAAUUAGCUAAAGAUCCAAAAUUAAAAAGUGAAUCCUGGGAUCGUUUUCUUCCGAAAUUUAAAUCGAAAAAUCUUUCUAAACGUUAUAAGCCUCAUAAAGUUCGUGCUACGAAACCAUACACACCAUUUCCACCGGCACAACCAUUAUCAAAAGUUGAUAAAGAACUUGAAACUGGUGUAUACUUUGAUAGAGAAGUUGAACGACGUCAGAAAAAAUCUGAUAAACAUCAAGUUAAGUUAGAUAAAAAUACUGAAGUAUCAUUACAACGAAAGAAAGAAAAACGCGAAAAAGAAUACAUACCACCCGUUGAAAAACAACCAGAUUUCAAACAAAAAGCAGCAGCAGCAGCAACAACAACCGAUGAUACAUCAAAACUAGUUAAAAAUGUCAAGAAAAAACUAAAACGUUUACAAGCCGAUUAA